CGCUGGGGACGCAGAGCCGCGGGAGGAGGAGGGGAGAGGAGGGUCUGUGAGUCGCCGAGAGGCAGCGUGAGGAGUGCGGGUGCGGAGCCGCCGGCCACCGGGCUCCCCAGGGCCGGGGCCAGGACUGGCACGGAGGCCGAAGCAGCCCCAGGAGCCCGAGGCCGGAGCCGAGGAGGAAUGUGACCGGGGGUCGGCGGGGGCGCGGGAGUUCGCGAGCGCAGGGAUGGGGCAGCAGGUGGGCCGCGUCGGGGAGGCUCCCGGGCUUCAGCAGACGCAGCCCCGCGGGAGCCGGGGCAGCAGCGCAGCCAGGCCCUCCGGCCGCAGGCGGGACCUGGCGGGGCGCACCACGGAGGCCGGCUUCAAUAUCUUCACCCAGCAUGAUCACUUUGCCAGCUGUGUGGAGGAUGGAUUUGAGGGAGACAAGACUGGAGGCAGUAGUCCAGAAGCCUUGCACCGCCCCUAUGGUUGUGAUGUUGAACCCCAAGCACUGAACGAGGCCAUCAGGUGGAGCUCCAAGGAGAACUUGCUGGGAGCCACUGAGAGUGAUCCUAAUCUCUUUGUUGCACUUUAUGAUUUUGUAGCAAGUGGUGAUAACACACUCAGCAUCACUAAAGGUGAAAAGCUACGAGUCCUUGGUUACAAUCAGAAUGGUGAGUGGAGUGAAGUUCGCUCUAAGAAUGGCCAAGGUUGGGUGCCAAGCAACUACAUCACCCCAGUAAACAGUCUGGAAAAACAUUCCUGGUACCAUGGACCUGUGUCACGCAGUGCAGCUGAGUAUCUACUCAGCAGUUUAAUCAAUGGCAGCUUCCUGGUGCGAGAAAGUGAGAGCAGCCCCGGGCAGCUGUCCAUUUCGCUCAGGUACGAGGGGCGUGUGUAUCACUACAGGAUCAAUACCACCACAGAUGGCAAGGUAUACGUGACCGCUGAGAGCCGCUUCAGCACCUUGGCAGAGCUUGUCCACCAUCACUCCACAGUGGCUGAUGGGCUGGUGACAACAUUGCACUACCCCGCACCCAAGUGUAACAAGCCUACAGUUUACGGUGUGUCCCCCAUCCAUGACAAAUGGGAAAUGGAACGAACAGAUAUUACCAUGAAGCACAAGCUUGGGGGUGGUCAGUAUGGAGAGGUUUACGUUGGCGUCUGGAAGAAAUACAGCCUGACGGUUGCUGUGAAAACAUUGAAGGAAGAUACCAUGGAGGUGGAGGAGUUCCUGAAAGAAGCUGCAGUGAUGAAGGAAAUCAAGCAUCCUAAUCUGGUACAGCUAUUAGGUGUGUGUACUUUGGAGCCACCAUUUUACAUUGUGACUGAAUACAUGCCGUAUGGGAACCUCCUUGAUUAUCUCCGAGAAUGCAACCGAGAAGAGGUGACUGCAGUUGUACUGCUUUACAUGGCCACUCAGAUCUCUUCUGCAAUGGAGUAUUUAGAGAAGAAGAAUUUCAUCCAUAGAGAUCUUGCAGCUCGGAACUGCCUAGUGGGAGAAAACCAUGUGGUAAAAGUGGCUGACUUUGGCUUAAGUAGAUUGAUGACUGGAGAUACCUACACUGCUCAUGCUGGAGCCAAGUUUCCUAUUAAAUGGACAGCCCCAGAGAGUCUUGCCUACAAUACCUUCUCAAUUAAAUCUGAUGUCUGGGCUUUUGGGGUACUGUUGUGGGAAAUUGCUACCUAUGGAAUGUCACCAUAUCCAGGUAUUGACCUGUCUCAGGUCUAUGAUCUACUAGAAAAGGGAUAUCGAAUGGAACAGCCUGAAGGAUGCCCCCCUAAGGUUUAUGAACUUAUGAGAGCAUGCUGGAAGUGGAGCCCUGCUGACAGGCCCUCUUUUGCUGAAACACACCAAGCUUUUGAAACCAUGUUCCAUGACUCCAGCAUUUCCGAAGAAGUAGCUGAGGAGCUUGGGAGGGCCGCCGCCGCCUCAUCUGUUGUCCCCUACCUGCCCCGAUUACCUAUACUUCCUUCCAAGACCCGGACGCUGAAGAAACAGGUGGAGAACAAGGAGAAUAUCGAAGGGUCCCUAGAUGCCACCGACAAUUCUGCCUCCAGUUCAGCACCAGGGCUCAUUAGAAGUGCACAGGUCCCCAGUGGGUCCCCAGCACUGCCUCGAAAACAGAGAGACAAGUCACCCAGCAGCCUUUUGGAAGAUGCUAAAGAGACGUGUUUCACCAGGGAUAGGAAGGGAGGCUUCUUCAGCUCCUUCAUGAAAAAGAGAAAUGCUCCCACACCCCCCAAACGCAGCAGCUCCUUCCGAGAAAUGGAGAACCAGCCCCACAAGAAAUACGAACUCACGGGUAACUUCUCAUCUGUUGCUUCUCUGCAGCAUGCUGAUGGGUUCUCUCUCACUCCUGCCCAGCAAGAGGCGAAUCUGGUGCCCCCCAAGUGCUGUGGGGGGAGCUUCGCACAGAGGAACCUCUGUAAUGACGACAGUGGCGGGGGUGGGGGCAGUGGCCCUGCGGGGGGUGGGUGGUCUGGCAUCACAGGCUUCUUUACACCACGCUUAAUCAAAAAGACGCUGGGCUUACGAGCAGGUAAACCCACAGCCAAUGAUGACACUUCCAAGCCUUUUCCAAGGUCAAACUCUACAUCUUCCAUGUCCUCAGGGCUUCCAGAGCAGGAUAGGAUGGCAAUGACCCUUCCCAGGAACUGCCAGAGGUCCAAAAUCCAGCUGGAAAGGACAGUGUCCACCUCUUCUCAGCCAGAAGAGAGUGUGGACAGGGCCAGUGACACACUUCCCAAAAAGUCAGAGGAAGGUGCUGCUCCAGCCAAGGAGAGACCAAAAGCCAAACUUUUGCCCAGAGGAACCACAGCUCUUCCCCUAAGAGCCCCCUCUGGGGACCCAGCCAUUACCGAGAAGGACUGUCCAGGGGUGGGGGCAGCUGGCAUGGCAGCUGCCCCAAAGAGCAAGGAGAGGAAUGGGGGGGCACGGCUUGGCAUGGCUGGAGUCCCAGAGGAUGGCGAGCAGACAGGCUGGGCUUCUCCAGCCAAGGUUGCGGCCAUCCUCCCCACCACUCACAACCACAAAGUGCCCGUCCUCAUCUCCCCCACUCUGAAGCACACUCCAGCCGACGUGCAGCUCAUUGGCACAGACUCUCAGGGGAACAAAUUCAAGCUCUUAUCUGAGCAUCAGGUCACAUCCUCUGGAGACAAAGACCGACCCCGGCGGGUAAAGCCAAAGUGUGCCCCCCCCCCACCGCCAGUGACGAGACUACUGCAGCACCCGUCUGUGUGCUCGGACCCCACGGAAGAGCCGGCCGUCCCGGCGGCCGGACAGCCCACAUCAGAAACACAGGAAGGAGGGAAAAGGGCAGCUCCAGGGGCAGUGCCCAUUGGCGGGAAAGCUGGGAGGCCUGUGGGGCCUCCACCUCAAGUGCCUCUGCCCACAUCUUCCAUCUCGCCAGCCAAAAUGGCCAACGGCACAGCAGGUACUAAAGUGGCUCUGAGAAAAACCAAACAGGCAGCUGAGAAAAUCUCCGCAGACAAAAUCAGCAAAGAGGCCCUGCUGGAAUGUGCUGGCCUGCUGUCCAGUGCAAUCUCGGAACCGGUGCCCAACAGCCAGCUGGUGGACACUGGGCACCAGCUGCUGGACUACUGCUCAGGCUACGUGGACUGCAUCCCUCACACUCGCAACAAGUUUGCCUUCCGAGAGGCCGUGAGCAAACUGGAGCUCAGCCUGCAGGAGCUGCAGGUGUCUUCAGCCACUGCGGGCGUGCCCGGGGCAAAUCCUGUCCUUAAUAACUUACUGUCGUGUGUGCAGGAAAUCAGCGAUGUGGUGCAGAGGUAGCCACUGUUAGACUACUGGGAGAGGCACAUGUUUCUGAGGGGACGGGAAGGGACUUGUUUUCCUGUGUUCUUGUUUUCAAAAAAUGAAAGACUGAUACUUGA